AUGUACGCCUCUCUACACAGUCCGCAGCACUCACGGACCGUGUUUACGCUCAUCAUCAUCAACAAGGCCGGUGGCUUAAUCUACAACAAGAUCUUCCACGAGACGGGCCUGCAAAAAAUCAGCACAAACGACUACCUCGUCCUCGCGGGCACCUUUCACGGUGUGGCUGACGAGAAGUUCUCCCUCAGCGUCCACGCCAUCACAUCCAGGCUCAACCCCAUCAGGCCGGUCGCGGCGCCGACCGCGCCCGGCGGCGUCCCCAACAGGCCAGAGCCGUCGUCUGGGCUCGAGGUGCUGGAGACGGAAAACUUUCGCUUGCAGUGCUUCACCACCAUGACGGGGACCAAGUUCCUGCUCUUCACGGACACGACGCAGACCAAUGUCGACGUCACCAUCCGGUGGAUAUACGACCUAUACGCAGACUAUGUCAUGAAGAAUCCGUUUUAUUCGCUGGAGAUGCCGGUGCGGUGUGAGAUUUUUGACCGCAAGCUGUUGUCAUAUAUUAGAGAGAUCAACAACCGUUAA